AUCCUCUCCGGAGAGAAAAAGCGGGGUGGUCAGAGGGGUGGAGCACAGUUUCUGCAGAGGACCGGAGACGCGCUCCUCCUGCAGGUCUGACUUCUUCCAAAAUGAGCGGCCUGGAAGAGAGCAAAGACCCGCCCGUCGUGGAAACCCCCGGCCUCGCUCCGCCCGAUGAUGAUGCCUCGGUACAUCCAGACCCGAGCCCGUGCCCGGGGAUGGAGACCGCGGCGAAGCAAUUGAUGGCGGACACAGGUGAGAGCAGCUUGGGGACCGCCGCAGAGGGAGGCGCGCCCCGGGAACCCGCAGACUGUGGCUUCGCGCUCCGCAUCCGAGUUGCGGGGAGUCGCGUCGGUGCAGCCACCAAAGUAGCUCAGGAAGAGGCCCCGCCUCCCACCCCGGGCCGGGAAGCGGCCCCUGCCGCCGCCGCCGCCGCCGCCGCCGUGGCAUCUGACAAUAGCCAGGAGAAAGGCCGUCCGCGCAGAGAGGCCCGCGGCCUUGUCGGGGAGAAAGCACUAGAAGCUUGUGGCGCAGUGGGGCUGGGGUCUCUGCUCCUGGCUGGGGUGAAGGCCAAGGAAAUGAUGAAAAGGUGUGGCGUUCUAGCGGCAGCGGAGAAGGAGGGAGGAGCAGCCGAGGUGGCGGGAGAAAAGGGGAUGCAGAAGGAAAAUAAGGCAGCAGGAGGAAAGGAGGAGGGGAAGCCCAAGGCCCCGAAGAUCAAUAACUGCAUGGACUCUCUUGAGGCCAUCGAUCUGGAGCUGUCGCAAGUGAAUGCCCAGGCUGACAGGGCCUUUCUUCAGCUGGAGCGCAAAUUCGGCCGUAUGCGAAGGCUCCACAUGCAGCGCAGAAGCUUCAUUAUCCAGAAUAUCCCAGGUUUCUGGGUCACUGCCUUUCGAAACCACCCGCAGCUGUCCCCUAUGAUCAGUGGCCAAGAUGAAGAUAUAAUGAGGUACAUGAUCAAUUUGGAGGUGGAAGAGCUCAAGCACCCUAGAUCAGGCUGCAAAUUCAAGUUCAUCUUUCAGAACAACCCCUACUUCCGAAAUGAGGGGAUUGUUAAGGAAUACGAGCGCAGGGCGUCAGGCCGAGUGGUGUCUCUUUCCACUCCAAUCCGCUGGCACCGGGGCCAAGACCCCCAGGCUCACGUCCAUCGGAACCGGGAAGGAAACACAAUCCCCAGUUUCUUCAACUGGUUUUCAGAUAACAGCCUUCUUGAAUUCGACGCGAUUGCUGACAUUAUCAGAGGAGAACUCUGGUCCAAUCCCCUGCAGUACUACCUGAUGGGUGAUGGGCUCCGCAGAGGAAUGCGAGAUGUACGACCUCCAGUGGAGAGUCCCAGGUCUUUCAGGUUCCAGUCUGGCUAAAUCCUCCUGCUGAAGCUUCCUCCUCAAGUUACCAUACCACCUCCUCUUGGACCCAUGCUUGGCCAUCAGCAUGCAGCCUUCCAUCUGCUAUCUCUUCAUACUGAAUUUUGUCCUUUGAUUCUUCAACAGUCUUUUAAAUCUUCAGCAGUCAGUUGCAGCACUGCAACUUACACGCCAAUGCUCUUUUUUUCCUUCAGGGCCUUCAUACUAUUCUACAUCCAAUUACAUGUUCCAGGCGCAUGCCCUUCCACUGCUUCUAUGCCAACACAUGAUGCUGUAGAUAAACACCAUCUUCCUUUGCAUGCAUGACUUGGGAUCCUUUCUGUGACUGAUCCUAUCAGUUUUAUCAGUGGUUAUCUACUGCAACAAAGCUUGAUACAUCUUUGCAAAUAACUCACUGGGUUUCACACUUUAUGCUGGUCUUUGAGGUGCACCUGUGUAAGAUGAAGCUGCUACAGAUGAUGCCAGCCAUCAACCCAGACUGGACAUUUCAGGCUACCAUUAACUGGAUUCCAGCUGCCUUCCUGGACCCAUGCCAUGUAUUCUUCUGUUUUUUGGCAGUAUCAGGUGGCUGGUAGGUGGCUACUAGGCAUGGAUGAGGUAACAGAUGAGAGGUGUGCUGUUAUGCCUUUGGUCACUGUGCGUCAUGACCAGAUGCUGGUGAGUAUCAAGACCUGUUAGGACCCACCCAAACUUAUUUCAGCCUCUGAUGAGCUUUGCACAGGAACCAUUGUCUGCCUUCCUAGAAUCAUCUGUGAACUAAAGCUCUCAAAGGUCCAUGGGUCACACAUAAACCCAGUCAGGCAAAAUUAUUGGGCAGUUAUAUGAGACAGUGCCCAAAACAAGGCUGGGAUGGGGGUUCCUUCCAGUAGUUAACUUUUCUGAAUCCUAGCCAAGAAAUCAUUCUUAGGUUAGGCAAUUUUGUUAGGCAUUUCCUA